UCGCAAUAUUAUCAUAAGGAGAUUUCCAAUUUGUUUUCUAAUGCAGACAAAUAUCGUAAUUUAAUUGAUCGAUGUACUAAAUGCAAUUUUGGGGAACGAUGGUAUUAUGGGUCAACUAAAACAAAGAGGUGUAGAUGGUAUUAUGGGUCAACUAAAACAAAGAGGUGUAGAUGGUAUUAUGGGUCACUAAAACAAAGAGGUGUAGAUGGUAUUAUGGGUCACUAAAACAAAGAGGUGUAGAUGGUAUUAUGGGUCACUAAAACAAAGAAGUGUAGAUGGUAUUAUGGGUCACUAAAACAAAGAGGUGUAGAUGGUAUUUUAUGGGUCACUAAAACAAAGAGGUGUAGAUGGUAUUAUGGGUCACUAAAACAAAGAGGUGUAGAUGGUAUUAUGGGUCACUAAAACAAAGAGGUGUAGAUGGUAUUAUGGGUCACUAAAACAAAGAGGUGUAGAUGGUAUUAUGGGUCACUAAAACAAAGAGGUGUAGAUGGUAUUAUGGGUCACUAAAACAAAGAGGUGUAGAUGGUAUUAUGGGUCACUAAAACAAAGAGGUGUAGAUGGUAUUUUAUGGGUCACUAAAACAAAGAGGUGUAGAUGGUAUUAUGGGUCACUAAAACAAAGAGGUGUAGAUGGUAUUAUGGGUCACUAAAACAAAGAGGUGUAGAUGGUAUUAUGGGUCACUAAAACAAAGAGGUGUAGAUGGUAUUAUGGGUCACUAAAACAAAGAGGUGUAGAUGGUAUUAUGGGUCACUAAAACAAAGAGGUGUAGAUGGUAUUAUGGGUCACUAAAACAAAGAAGUGUAGAGGCUUGUACUACAAGCAUGAACUACCGUAGAAAGUAUAUAAAUUAUUAAUUAAUCAAGCCAAAUUAACCACUAAUUGACCACAACCAUGCGUUCUCAACAGUAUUUUUACAUUGGAAAAUAAAUAAUUAAUUUUAUUGUCUCCCCUUAAUUAAUGUACCAAGUAUGCAGUCUCCCCUUAAUUAAUGACCUUAUGAAGCACCUUCAGAUUGCCAUGGCCCAACAACUGAAAAUAAGCUCAGUCCAACUGUGGAGAAAGUUGUAGCAAAACCUGAUGGUCAUAAUGCUAUGAAUCAAUGGAUAUUUUCAAAUUAUGGAAAAGCUCAUGAUCUAUUGUGGCCUGCUAAUAUCAAAUGGUACAACUUGGGAAUUGUUCUGGAAGUAGACCCAAACACACUGGAAGGCAUCAGGAUCACCAACCAAAAUAACUGUGAUGACUGCUUCAAUGCUAUGCUUAAGAGCUGCUCAGAGACGAACAGCAGUAUCACUUGGUCUGGUGUGUGUGAAGCCCUUAGGAAACCAUCAGUGGCUCGUAAUGAUGUGGCAGAAAGUAUUGAAGCAAUGAUUCGUACAAAACGAAAAAGUCCAAUCCUUCGUAACGAUGGAAAUUCUGAGGAAGGACUGAAAAUCCCUCCAGCUCAGUUUCCAGAACCAGAGUCCUCCCCAGAAUACAACACGAUGUUGUCCUGCACACCACAGCUCAUUACUGCCAUAGCUCAAGACCCACUGACAAUCUGCGAUGAGAUGAUUGCAGCUGGUCUCAUUCAGUCGGUUUACAUACGAGAAUUUAUUCGCCACCCCACAAACACCGACCGUGCCAAGGCAACCAAGUUGGUGGACUUCAUGACGGAUCGAGUCAAGACCUCUCCUUCUGACUUUGACAAGUUUAUUGCCAUCCUGAAAAGAUUGUCCUGGACUGAAGACAUUGUAGGCAUCCUCCAGAAGAAGUUGAUCAAAGAGAGAAAACUGAAAGAGGGGACUCUUUUGGUGACCUCGGAUAAGUUGCUGGCAGAAUGUCGCAGUGAGACAGCUGACAUUGAAGUUGUGAGAGGCUACCUGGAGCAAGAAGACUGUGACGUCAAUAUCAGAGAUGAUUAUACGGAAAGGAGUCCAUUGACGUGGGCUCUUUGGAACAAACACUUUGAUAUUGCUAAACUGCUCCUGCAAUACAAGCCUCAAGUUAAUAUUCAGGACGUGAUAGGGUGGUCUCCGUUGGUGAUGGCCAGUAAAGCAGGAGACCUGGAGAUAGUGCAGGGAAUAGUGGCACUGGGAGCAGAGAUUGACCUGCCCACAUAUACAAAACGGCCUCUGAUGUGGGCUGCUCAAGGGGGUCAUGCCGAGGUGGUUACAUUUCUAUUGGAGAAGGGAGCAUUUGUGGAUUUCCCUAAUGAGAAUGGGUGGACUCCAGUCAUGCAAGCCAGUCGUGAUGGUCAUGUGGAUGUGGUGAAUAUCUUACUAAAGUAUGGUGCAAAGGCUAAUCAUAAAAGCAAUGUUGAUGGGUGGACUGCUCUAUCUUUGGCUACCAUAAACAACCACCCCGAUGUAGUGAAGGUUCUUGAAAGUGCCAUGGUCCGUGACGAGCGAGUACAAGAUAUUGCAAACACCAAUGUUGAUGAAAGCCAUUCCAACGACAGUGGUGAUGAAGACUCAGAACAAGACAAAUAUCUUCAAAAAUUCAACGAGCUUAUGGAAGACACAGAACAAAUUGAUAUGCAAUAUUUGAAACUGUACCUCAUUGGUCUCCCGGGUGUUGGGAAAACAACUUUUCGAAAACGUUUAACUCGAUCCCUUGUCAAUAUAUCAUCUUUGCCUCUGGAGGACAGACAACAUUAUAGCACUCAUUUAGCAGAAUGCAUACAAACACUUUGCAUACUUCAAGACGAAGAACAUUUUGAUGUAGAAAUUUCUGAAAGCCUGGAUGAUGAAAUGAAAGCAAUUUUCAAAUACUUGCUGGGAAAAACAGAAAUGAAGGAACCUGCUCCCACUGACUCUGACUCCACUCAGGCAAUUCACUCUGAAGGUCCUCUUGAUUCAAAUACCAGUCAGGAAUAUGAAGGAUUAUCAACUCUGCUCGAUUCCAAUCCAGUUGGUGAAUCUAACAAAGUAACAGAACCAACUGAAAAAGACGAAACUAAAUCAAAGCUUUCUCGUGUGUUGGCAGAGAUCAGGGGAGUUGUUGCUUCUGGAAACUAUGCAGACUUUAUUUUAAGACACAAGAUUCUGCUCAAUAUUAUAGAUAUCGGUGGACAGCCUGGAUUUUUGGAGAUGCUUCCCUUCAUAUGUGGUGGUCCUGGAAUAUUUUUUGUUUUUUUCCCUUUAGACAAAGAAUUUGAUAAACGAUACCAAAUAUGCUAUCAGCGUGAUGAGGAUAGAAUAACACCUUACGAAGCAAGCUAUUCGAUUCGAGAGACUAUUGCCCAAAUAUUGUCUGGAAUUAGCUACCACACAUCUGAAAUAUUGCCCAUAAACGACAAGUACAAACAAUUUACAAGUGUUAAACCAACUAUCACACUCAUUGGUACUUUUAAAGAUAAGCUUGAGCAACAAAUGGAAAAAAAGGAUGCAAUGCAAGUAAGCGGUUCUGAGGUGGCACAGCAACAAACCACAGUUUCUGAGGAAACGGCAGCAAAAACAAGACAAAAAUUAGAAGAGUUGCACAAAUCGGUAAAGGAAACUACUUCAAAAUCAUAUUUUAGUGAUUUCGUAGUCCCAGCAAAUGCACGUGAGAAUAAAAUAUUCUUUGAAGUUGACAACUAUGAAGGGGAUGAUAAGGAUCUUGAACCAAUUAGAGCUCAUAUUCGCAGCUGUCUUCGAGACAAUAAGGGAUCCAUGAAAGUUCCCAUUCGGCCUGUUCAGCUAUUGUUCAGUAUCAUUCUUAGAAAAGAGUACCAGAUUGUGAAACUGGAAGAUUGUAUGAAGAUUGGCAACGAGUUGAAUAUGGACGAGGAUACUGUGGAUUUUACUCUUUGGUAUUUCAACCAGUUGGGAACUAUUAUUUAUCGACCAGAAGUUGGUGGAUGGUUUAUGGGAAAUGUCAUUUGUAGCCCACAAGUCAUCUUCAACAGUAUUAGUACAUUGAUAAUCGAGCCUCUACUGAAGCUUCACAGGAGGGAAAAAUGUUUUGCGGGAAAACAUCACGAUGAAUGGGAAAAAGGACAGUUUUUACUCGAAACAGUUGAAAAAUCCCUACCCUCUUCUGGUGAUGACUUAACAGUUAUUCCUUUGGAAAACCUCAUCAUAUUUCUAGAAUAUGUACAUCUGAUUUCACCCAUCAAAGCAAAGGAAGUAUCUAUACGCAGUGAAACUUCAGUAGUUCGAUAUUUCAUGCCUGCCAUUCUAGAUUGUGCUACUCAAGAUGAAUUGUUAACUGCACCCGUUCCAAAUAAUGAUACUCCAGUUUCACUGCUCUUGUUCUUCAAGUAUGGUUCAAGUAAAGAGUUAGCAAAUUCGGUACCUAUUGGUCUUUUCUGUGCAAUGAUUGCUAAAUUAGUUUCGGAUGGAGAUGAGGAUAUUUUUGGAGCCGAAUGGAAACUUGUGGAUUCACAUGUUAAACGAAACAUUGUUUCCUUUCGUGUUGGUGUUUGUGAUCACAUCGUUAUAUUGGUCUCCCAUGCUGGUUGCUAUGAGGUACGCGUUACAAGAUCAGAUAAUUCAUCAAUUGAACUGUACGACCUUUGUACGUAUGUCUACACAACAAUAAUGGCUGUGCUGAAAGAUCUGAACCAUUUCGUUUGUCCCACCAUUGGUUUCAUUUGCCCUUGUGGUCAGCACCAAGAUACAAGUCUCCGAGUACUCCACAACAGCUGUGUGAUUGUAGUCCCAAAGAGAGAAUCGGCCUUCUUCCGGUGCUUGAAAACCAAGAAGAAAGUCAGUCUUAUCAAUCAACAGUAUUAUCAUCCCUGGAUAACAAAGGAAGCUAAUAGCAACAGAGAGGUUGUACUAAAAGCAUUUCCAUUUGAUGAGCCAGAUGGUCUCAUUCUCGUGGUCUGGAAAGGGAUCACUAAAGCAGCUCUCCACUACCACCAACGAGCUGUGUAUCCAAGCAGCUGAAUCAGGCGAUUAUUACAUGUGCUGUG